AUGCCCUCCGAGCCAAGAAAGUGGUGGUCUGCGAUGUACUUCAUUUUGCACAUGAUGCUCCUUUGGCCGGUAAUCACAUUCCUAGGCUGCUUCAGCAUUUACCGUCAGGCGCAAGAGAUCCGUGCAGUCUCAUUUCCAAAGUCGCUUAGCCUGCAAGGGCGUGCUGUGCAAGCAAUUGUCUUCACGCUCGUCUCUGUGGCAUGGAUAUGGUGUCUUCCGUUUCCAUAUGAGGAUCUGAAAGGCCAUAUGAAUUGGAAUACCUUCACCAUCUGGUAUGGGAGUAUUGGUUGGGUCAAAGUCAACAGGUUUAUCUUUGCCAUCGGUCAGGCGAUACUCCUUGCCCUAGCCUUGCGUCGGCGGUCUUCGGAUAGUAUUCAACGAGAAGGCGAGACGGAGCCACUCAUUGGAUAG